GGCGUCAGUAGCAACACGCGACUGUGCGUGAACACAUCUCCAGCUCUUUACGAAGAUUACUAAUCUGGGACUAGACAAACCAGAUCCGGUGCGCUCUCUGCUGUAAGGGAAGAUGUCCCUGUCUGGCUGGGUGUGUGUGGUCACAGGUGCCUCCAGGGGCAUCGGGAAGGGCAUUGCUCUGCAGCUGUCUGAGGCAGGAGCUACUGUGUACAUCACAGGACGCCAGGAGAAGACCCUCGUGCAAACUGCUGCACAGGUGAAUGAAAGAGGUGGGAAGUGUGUGCCGGUUGUCUGCGAUUCCACAAAAGACAGCGAUAUCGAAGCGUUCUUUGAAAGGAUCAAACGGGAAGAGAAGGGCAGACUGGACAUCCUGGUCAACAACGCCUACGCAGGAGUACAUGACAUCUUCGACAAUACGGAUAAGAAGUUCUGGGAAACUGAUCCAUCUAUUUGGGAUUCCAUCAACAACACAGGCCUUCGAGGUCACUACUUUUUCUCUGUUUAUGGCGCUCGGCUGAUGGUGGCUCAAGGUCACGGUUUGAUCGUGACCAUUUCCUCUCUUGGUGGGCUCCGAUACAUCUUCAACGUAGCUUAUGGGGUUGGGAAAGCUGCGUGCGACAGGCUGGCAGCUGACAUGGCCGUUGAGCUGAAAAGUAGGGGCGUUGCUUCAGUCAGCCUGUGGCCGGGAGCCGUUCAAACUGAGUUAAUAUCUCAGCUCAUCUUGGAGAAAGAUGGUGUGAAUCCCCAGGUCAAAGAUUUAUUUUCUAUUGGAGAAACCACAGAACUCAGUGGGAGGUGCAUUGUCAACUUAGCAAAAGAUAAAAGACUGAUGGACCUCAGCGGGAAGGUGCUCAUGACAUGUGACCUGGCCAGGCGCUACGGAUUUAACGACGUUGAUGGUCGUACCGUAACUGACUACACGUCCCUGAAGUUCCUCCUGACCCAGGUCCCGUACCUCUCCUGGCUGUCGGCGGUCGUCCCACCGUUCCUACGCCUUCCUCGCUUCAUGCUCACUCUGGCAAACGGACGCUUCUAAACAGCUCCCACAUCGUUCUCAAACCUCAGAAUUAUAAUUUCUGUGUUUUAAGAACACCGCCAUCAUUAACUUCCGAAGAGCAACAGGAAUUUACACAUAACACUAUAUUUUUGUGACUCCGUGGUGAACACACGUUUACAUUCUUCUUGGAGUAUUUAAUGGUCUAUAAAUCAUUUGGUUGUGUUUUAAAGGUGAACAUGAAGAAGGCUGUAAGAAAGCUUUUGUUUUUAUAAAAGCACUACAAUCAGCCGAAGAAGACUCAGAAUGUGAUUUUAACAAGUUUAUAUUAUAUUACUCUUUAAUGUGUUGUAUUUGUAUAAUAGUUGAGGUAGGAAGAUGCUGUAUUUGGAAGGGCAACGAACCUGUCGAAUCCUAUCAGUCACACUACCAGCAACCAGAUUUGACAGAAAACUUUGAGGGUUCCCAAAACCCAGUAGAACAUGUGUUUUAGCUUUCCGUGUUAGCCUUUUUAAAACUUUAGCUUUUGUUUUGUGGGCAGUCGCAGCAAAUGCUGGAGUUGCAUUAUUCUUUGUGGCACCAUCCUCCGUGUACCCAAUCAUAUUAUCAUAGAAUGCCAAAAAAUGUGGCGUCGUU